UACGCAAAUUAACCUUUAUAUGUUAUGUGACUGCUUGGAAAGAGGUUGGACAUCAGAAACCUUAGAGGGGAAACAGAAGCAGACUGUUGUGGAUAUCAUCGACCACCAUGGCUUCCACACCCUCCGCCUCAGCUUUGUCUGCUGUUCUCCGGUGUCGCGGAAAUAUCUGGACCAGGAAUCCGCCGACCAAGCGGCCUGCCUCCUCUGCGUACAGCCUCGGCCUGGCCGGCGGCUCGCCAGCUGAGCGCGCCCGGUCAAACCAGGCGACAGCGUGGGAGGCUUUCCUGCAAGGAGACCGUGUUCUGGUGGGAAGAAGACUGACUGUGGCGUUUAAGUCGCCACCCCGGGUGAAGGACAAAGAUUGCAGGGAAAUUAAUAAAUUAUGUCACCCAAAACUUUCGCAAUCCGCACGGGACGCGCGCUCAGCUGUGCCCAGUGUCCAAAACGCGCUGGUGCGUCAGCUGGCACGUAGACUCACACACUCACAUAAUCUUCAAAAGAUUAAAUACAAAACAUAUGCUACACACAUCUGUCAAAUAAUAUGUGUUCAGGAGACCAGUGAUUUCCCAGCUGGCGUUUUCAAAGUGUCCAUUAUGUCUCCAUGUUUGGUGGGAAAUGAAGGACAAAUCCCGUCUUUCGUGAUAACUGGCUGGUCAACACUGAAGAGCACCUGUUUGUCUUUGACAGCUCUGGUGUCAGAGUUUAUGUUAUUGAAGCUGGCGGUGUUGUGGAUAUCCAGCAGCAGCCCUGAUGAUACACAGCAAAACAUCAGAAAUAAUACCCUGCAGGCAAAUGGACACAUCCACAGCCCCACUGACCUCAUUUCCUCCAAGGAGAACUCUGGACAAAUGAUCCCAGAGGACAGACCUGACUGAGAGUCCAAGGCCUCGGCACCAAAAAUACACACUGUGAUCUAACCUUAUUUAUUGACUUUACUUUGCUUUCACAAUACACAAAGCACAUUUGGACUUCAACCCAGUCAUAAAAGCUGUUUUUAGAGAAUUUGUUUUGCUCUGAGGAAAAGUAAGCCAUACUGAAAGAAGUACAGGGGAAACAUGAAACGCUGUUCUAGCACCUAUGCCUCCUGGUGGAUACCUAAAAUAAUGGCAGUGCAUUUUAUUUUCAAUAUUACCCUGUAUGUUUUGUCCAAAAGCUUAUUUUGCAAACAUGGAAUAUCAUCUCACCAAAUGGAAAUAUUCAAGUCUGAGAAAAAAACUAUAAAUGUGGAAUACUUAUUCCUUCCA